AUGAACCAUAUGACUGCGUUCAGAAUGGCUCGCGAAAGAGACGAUGGGGUAACGGUCAAUGUAUUGGAGCCGGGAGUCUGCGAAACGAAGCUUCUUAAGCGAGGUGGCUAUUCCGGCGGACCUGUGAAAGACGGAAGUGUUGCCCCCGUUUAUCUUACGAUGUCUGACGAGGUGACAAACAUCACCGGUGUCUACUUUAACAACCGUGGAAAGAGAAUCUCUUCAUUGAGUGCGGACUCGACGGACGUGAAUCAGCAGGACCGUCUAUGGAAGAUGAGCGAGGAGAUCUGCGCAAAAUUUGGGAUCACAUUCUAA